CACUGAAGUCACCCGGGAGACAGUGCUGAAUGUUCCACCCCAGAGUCUUAGCCUCUAGGAGGCAGGGACAGCAGGCCCCGGCCAGCCUUGAGGACUCUCUGUCCACAGUGUAAAUGAGGACGCUGCUGGCCCAUGUCCCGCAGGGAUGUAGAGGGCAGCCUCAGAGGCACUGGGCGCUCCCGGCAGCAUGGAUGACGCUGCCGUCCUCAAGAGACGAGGCUACAUCAUGGGAAUAAACUUGGGAGAGGGCUCGUACGCAAAAGUCAAAUCUGCUUACUCUGAGCGCCUGAAGUUCAACGUGGCGGUCAAGAUCAUCGACCGCAAGAAAGCCCCCACGGACUUCUUAGAGAAAUUCCUUCCCCGGGAAAUUGAAAUUCUGGCCAUGCUAAACCACCGCUCCAUCAUCAAGACCUACGAAAUCUUUGAGACAUCAGAUGGCAAGGUCUACAUCGUCAUGGAGCUCGGGGUCCAGGGUGACCUCCUCGAGUUCAUCAAAACCCGGGGAGCCCUGCAAGAGGACGAUGCUCGAAAGAAGUUCCACCAACUCUCCUCGGCCAUCAAGUACUGCCAUGACCUGGACGUUGUCCACCGUGACCUCAAGUGUGAGAACCUUCUCCUUGACAAGGACUUCAACAUCAAGCUGUCCGACUUUGGCUUCUCCAAGCGCUGUGUGCGGGAUGACAACGGCCGACUGACAUUGAGCAAGACCUUCUGCGGGUCGGCAGCGUACGCAGCUCCUGAGGUGCUACAGGGGAUCCCCUAUCAGCCCAAGGUGUACGACAUCUGGAGUCUGGGUGUGAUCCUCUACAUCAUGGUCUGCGGCUCCAUGCCCUACGACGACUCCAACAUCAAGAAGAUGCUGCGUAUCCAGAAGGAGCACCGGGUCAACUUCCCACGUUCUAAGCACCUGACGGGCGAGUGCAAAGACCUCAUCUACCGCAUGCUACAGCCCGACGUCAACCGGCGGCUGCACAUUGACGAGAUCCUCAGCCAUUGCUGGGUGCAGCCCAAGACACGGGGCCUGUCCUCUGCAGCAGUCAACAAAGAGGGGGAGACCUCCCGGGGUGCAGAUCCCACGUGGACCCCUGAACCUGACUCUGACAAGAAGUCAGCCACCAAGCUGGAGCCUCUGGAAGAGGCACGGCCAGAGGGAAGGCCAGAGACAAAACCUGAGGAGGAGGCAGUGCCAAAGGCCAGGCAUUCAGAGACCCUGAGCGUCACUAAUGAGCAGACAGUCAAGGAGACAGAGGAAGAGCCCCCCCCACAGCCCCCAGAGACACACACCUAG